AUGGUUAGUGAUAGUGAUGAUGAAAAGGUAUAUCAAUAUGCCAUGGAAAUGAAAAGUACAAUGCGCAUAUAUGUUGAGCAUAAAGGUAAUGUUCAAGAAGUUGAAGUUGGUGAUGUUCAAGAAGAUGAAAUGGGUGAUGUUCAAGAAGAUGAUGUAGAUGGAAAUGAGGAUAAUGGUAGUAGUGAGGAUAAUGACUUUGAAGUUGAUAGUUUAUCAUUUGAUGAUAGCGAAGAUGAGAGAGCUCUUGGGUUAGAUGAUAUCUUUGAAGACCACGACAGAACUAGUGGGGUAAAAGUUACAGCAAAGAAGCACAAGAUCACUCCAAAGAAAGUUCCAAUUGUUGUUGAUAAUGCAAGUUCAUCUAGUGGAAUGGAUAAUGAGAUGGGCAUCAAUUAUUCCAGUGAAGAGCUUGGCAGCAGUGACCCUGAUACUUCUGAUGAAGAAAAGGAUCCAAAAUAUCCAAGGUUUAAGAAUUCAAAGAAGCCAUUACUGAAUGGCCAAUGCUUAAUGGGAGAGAGAUAA